AGCCCAAACGGACAAAUUAGCCGUUAGCACUCCUGUCGGGCGGCGUGGUAGUUUAACUGGGCUGUUUGGGACAUGUAGCUUUGGAUUUCUGUGUGACAAAGAUAAACUCACCUGAAGACAGCAGGGAUGGCUCUGGAGCAGCUCAGUGACGUGGUCCAGAGAUGUCAAGCACGCCCUGAUGACAGCUACACCACUGAGGAUCAUGACGUCUUUACGAUUGCUGGGCGAACCUGCAUCGAGGAGGGGAACAGCGUUCAGGUCCUCAGUAUCAUCCUGGAUGAAAAGAAUCAGGAAAUAGUGAGAUCAAUGGGUUGGAAUCUGCUGCCUCCCCUGAUUCAGGUUUUGCUCAAGAAAGACAACAAGAACCUUCCUCAAUGCCUGGCUAUUUUCAACCACCUGCUAGAGACUUGCAGGCCCAAGGAGCUGCUGAUCGGCCUUUUGGAGCAGCUGGAGCAGGAUGACCCUGACACAAUAGCAGAAAGCGUCCAUCUGCUGUUAAACCCUCUGCAGAAAGUGCUGCUCUGUCUGGGCAGCCGUAAGGCCUCGUCCCUGGGCAUGACCCUCUCCUCUGUGCUGGACCAGGUGGCCAAGCUGCCUCUACCUCACACCAAGGACCAAGAGGAGGAUGACGUGUUCUCGCUUUGCCGCUGCUGCACUGAACUGAUAGCCUUCAUCAGACCCUUUGUUCAGGAGGUCCGGUUAGACCUCCUGAACAGUGAAGAGCUGAGCGAGAGCAGAAACAAGGUGGCAGGUGGACAGGAUAAAGAGGAUGAACUGCGGACAGAACUGCUGAAGUUCUGUAUGAAGACUCUGAGUCACCCUUUGUUGGAGGUACAACUCAAGGAUCCUGACACUCUGGCUGUGUCUCCCCUCAGGAAUUUUGCCACAGAAAUUCUGAAUACCCUCAGUGCUAUCGGAGAGUCCCUAAGCAGUCUCGUGUACCAGCCUCUGCUGAAGAGAAAACAGCUUCCAGGCUUCCUGGAGGAGGAGGUGCGUUAUCCUAAAGAGUCGUUGGCCAGCCUGGCUCACCUGGUGUUCGUCCAUCACCUGGCUGCAGAUACAUUCCCCAGUGUUUACAAUCCCGUGUUCUGUCUCCGGUGUAACAUGGAGCACACCUGCCUCCUCUUGUCCAGAACUGAGGAGACCAGGAUUCAGAAAGGUCUGGAGCUGUAUGAGAAGAGUCUGGUGCGGGUAGUGGAUGGCAGUCUGCCUGCAGAUCUGCUGGAGAUCAAAACCUUCCUCACAGUCUCUCAGAACUUAGUGAAGGUUAUGACUAUAUGCCAGAGACAUGAUUUGAGAAUUAAAGGUUUGAAGGUGUUCCAGCUGAGCAUUGACAAAUUUGACACUGAAGCCAAAUACAAUUUUUUCCAGUACAUGCUGAAGACCAGUGGUCACUCGGGAGUCGAAGGCUACAUCAUCAAAAACAUCAAGAAUCAGAUAGACCUUGCACUGCAGCCAGAUAACAGUAACACCUGGUUUGAGGGGGUUCACCUGCUCCCUCUGCUGCGUAAGGUUCUCAGUCUCCCAGACGGCCCAGAGACCGACCUCCUGCAGUACCUGGACAGAGUUAUGGAGUCUCUGAACCUGCUGCGCUACCUGGUCAUUAGAGACAAAGUGACAGAGAACCAGACGGGGAUCUGGACAGAGCUGUAUAAAAUAGAGGAUACAUUCAUGAAGCCUCUGCGUGUUGGGCUGAACAUGUCGAGAGCCCACUACGAGAGGGAGCUGCACAACACCAUGGAGUCCAAGAAGGACAAGGCCAAAGAGGAGUCGAUGCUUUCUGUGUCUGUUGGUGAUGAGAAGCUGCCCAACAUGACAUCACAGUCACAGAUUCAGGCUCUGCACUCAGCCCUGCACACGUUCGACAUGAUCGAGAGCGUGUUGGUGCGGAUAGAGGAACUCACCGACGCGAGGGAAAACCUUUAGACCGAGUUCAACAGCCAGACACCCUCACCUGUCUCAGGAUCUCAUGGAUUAAAAAAAAAAAGCCUUCAACUGCUCUAUUGAUUUAUUUUGUUCAAAAUAAAUCAGUCAUGGAUGCAUCAUUUCAAAUUGUUAAACCAUGCAACUGCUAAUGUUUUUUUUUUUUAUAUUUCAAAUGUUUCAAGUUGUCAGCAGGUCUGCUGCGUAUUUAGAAUCAAGUAUAACUGUAAAAUCUUUCAUUGUCUACAAAACAAACCAAAUAAUGGCUGGGAAGUUUGUAUCACUUCUGUUAUACAUUCACAAACUUUUGUACACACAAAGGGCUUAAAUAAAGUCCUUAACUGAUGUCUUUGCCAUUUGCUCUGUUCUGGUUGUUUUACUUAUGAAGCACUAAUAACAACUAAAGAGCUAUAAGUAAAAUGAGUAAUAAAAAUCUCAUCAAAUGCUUAAGUAUUUCAGCGUUGUAAAAUAAAAAUGUGAAAUGUGUUGCAAAA